AUGAAUCUCUUUCAAAGAACAACCUUUGUUAAUAGCUGGAAAAAUUGCUUGACUAAAAGCACUGAUUGGCGAUUUUCUAUUACUAGUCUGAACAAAAAGUUUUUCUACUCAACAAAGCAAAGACAAGGGAAAACACAAUCUUUAUCUUCUUAUAGAGCUUCCCUGGAAAAUGAUUAUUUUAUUUUUCUGAAACAUAUAAAUGAGAAGGAAAAAAUAUUUGCACCCGGACAACUGGUUAUUAAUUUGGGAUCUUCUCCAGGAAUAUGGAACAACGUUGCUUCGGAAUACAUAGGCUCUGAAGGAAGAGUCGUUUCUGUUGAUAUUAUCCCGUCAAGGUCUCCAGCUAACUGCAGCACGAUACAGGGAAAUUUCUUAAGUAUGGCUAUUCAAGAAGAAGUUGUAAAAGCAGGAUUACGUGCUAGAAAAUUACGAGAAGCAUCUGCACAGUAUGGUGAUCCCUCCUCUGUACCUUACCUUCAGUUGGCUAUUGAGCAUGAAGCAGCCAUGGAAAAACAAGGAUCGCUGCUGAAUGAAUUACGUGCGGACGUUGUAAUGAGUGAUUUAAAUCGUCCGUUUCCAAUGGUUCAGGGAUUUGAAUUUUCUAUUUCGAGAAAGCCUUAUUCGGCUAUGCGAAAUCGUGAACUAUUAACUGUUAAGGAUCAUAUGGAUUCUUUGUUUUUAGCUCAAUCUUCCUUAAUAUUUUCGUUACGUGGCUUGAAACAAUCGGGGACCUUUCUUUGCAAAGUCGUGAACGGUCCAAACCUUUCUAGCUUGCUGGAAGAUUUGACAAUGUGCUUUUCCAAAGUUAGUAAACAUACGAUGAAAGGUGUAUCCGAAAAUGAGAAUUCAGUCAUUUAUUUGUGUACGGGAAAAAUAUCAACACCUCCAUUUAAGUUACUCAACGUUUAA